AAGUAGUCUGUGUUUGGCAGUUGGCACUAGUUAGUUACGUUGGCUGACGUUGUGGUUUACGCGAUAUUGACUUAAUUUUAGUUCAAAUUUUAAAAUUUUAAAUUAAAGUGAUGGUGUUUUAUUCAUGAUGGAUCUGCAUUUACUACAUUGCAUUUAAGAUCUUAAUUAUAUCUUUAAUAGAUAAAAUUACGUUUACAUUUCGUAAUUUGACAAUAAAAUGCCUUUUGUAAACAUUAAGAAGCAUUAUAUAGCAUUCGGGAUGUUACUUUUUGUUUUGUUAUUCUUAUUUAAUAGCAAGCCGGCGUUUCAGUGUCAGUUUAGCCAAGAGCCCCCUGCGUACUUGCCCACGAUUUAUGGGAUCACACCGACAUACUCAAGAUUAGCCCAAAAAGCUGAUCUCACAAGGCUGUCACAAACAUUGAUGCUCGUAAAGAAUUUCCAUUGGAUCAUCAUAGAGGAUUCAGAAACAAAAACUAAAUUGGUUGAGAAUUUAUUGAAAGAAUCAGGUCUGAAAUACACUCAUUUAAAUGUGAAAACCCAUAAGGCAAAACAUUCAACAGCGAGCGGCGUUGAGCAGAGAAACGCUGCGUUGGACUGGUUGAAGGGGCAUUUAAAUCAAAUUGAAGACAAAAAAGGCGUAGUUUACUUCAUGGAUGACGACAAUACAUAUUCAUUGAAAGUUUUUGAUGAGAUGCGAAAGAUAAAAAGAGUUGGCGUAUGGCCGGUCGGCAUCGUGGGUGGGAUGAGAGUGGAGAUGCCCCUAGUCACAGAUGGAAAGAUAAGCGGCUUCAACGCGGUCUGGAAACCGUUCAGACCUUUCCCUAUCGAUAUGGCAGGAUUCGCCAUCAACUCAACUCUGUUCCUGGAUUAUCCAGAAGCUAAGUUCUCGAGGAAGGUUCAGUCUGGAUUUCAGGAAAGCGAGAUAUUAAAGUAUUUUACGACGAAAGAAGCAAUGGAGCCGCUAGCCGAGUUCUGUACUAAAGUUUACGUUUGGCACACGAGAACGCAGCACCCAUCAAUACUCAACGUUAAGAAAUUAAAACAUCCACCGGUACCAGACGAUCAUAUUGAAGUUUGAUUUGUAUGUAGUAUUAAUUUUUAGGUUUGAAAACUUUUACAACAAUGUUCUUUUUUUUGGAGUUUAUGGCCUGUUAUCUAGACCUUUAGGCCAACAACAAUGUUCUUAGAAUUUCCGGUGUUGCCAAUAUACUUAUACUAUUUUGCUGCUAUUUUAAGAGUCGAAUGAAAGUUCUCAAGGUACUAGCCACAUUUCUAAAGACUUUUAUUACCAAAAUAUUUGUAACUCAUCUAACAUUUGAUAAUAUUUCGUAAACUGUCGUCCCUCUAAUUAGCCCACUGAAGUUGCUAUAUAGACGAAAAUAAUAUCCUGUUGAGAAAAUCUGAAGAUUGCCAAAAAAAUAUCUGUAAUAGUUACCAGAACAUCACUCUGUAUAAAGCGUACAUCCAUAGAUUUAUAGGUAAUUGAAAUAGCAAAUAUAAAGUUUAAUAAUCGUACGUAAUUUACAACCAAAAAUUGGUUAUCGCAUUGAAUCUUAAGUAGAGGCAAUAAAUUGAAUUUGAUAAAAGAAUAUUUCCCACACUUGUUUGAAAAAAAAUCGUGUCAUCUUUUUGAGUUUUAAAAACAUAAAGUUAUAAGACACUUAAUAAUGAUAAAUUAAUGAAUUCAAAGAGUAAAUGGUUUUAGUAGGUUUUGUAAGGUAACGUCAUCGCCUAAGAAAUGUAUUUGUGUAAAUAAAAUUCAAGAAAAUAUGAAACUGCGAAUGUUUCUUAUAUAGUAAGGUUUCUAAUAUUUUUUACAAAGCCAUUUUAAGACUUUCGAAUAAAUUCAAUUUACAUUCUCAAUAAUUGGAUAUACGAAAAAUAUUAUUAUUAUUAAACUAUCAAUAUAUUGAAUUGAUAAACUGCUAAUUUUUUAAAAAAAAAAAUUCAUUUUGUCUAGAAUUUAGAAAUAAUAUAUUUUUUUUAUAAAUUUGCUUUAAAUUAUAAUAAUUAUGUUAGAACAAUCUUUUUCAAAUUUUUUAUAUGUAGUUUUAUAUGUAUCAUACAACUUUUAAGAAUAUUUUAUUUUAACUAUUUUAAUGUCCAAUGCGUGCAUUAUACGAUGACUCAUUGUAUUAUUUAUAAAUAUUUUUGUAUAUUGAUUAUAUCCUAGAUUGCGUUGUAUUAAUUUUUAAACAAACAAUUUUAUUAUUAUUUUGUUUUAAGAAUUCUCGUCUUACAUAACAGAUGUUAUUUUAAAUAAGUUUCAAACGAUUUACAACAAUAUUAAACACUACUUAAAAAUUAUAACCACUAGUGCUCGCCCAGUGGGCAAAAAUCUACAUUGUCUCUUUCGCCGUAUUUUAGUUAACCAUUUUUUUUAAUUUGCCCAUCAGCACCUGAGAAAAAAGUAAAGUCGAUAUACACAAAAAAAAACAUUAUUUUUUCUUUAAAAUAAAUAACUCAAUAGAUUUAUAACGCCGAUAAAUAGAUUAUCUUUGUAUCUGUUGGUAACACGGAACGACAAUUAGAAUUACAAUUCAAAAUAUCAAAUGUAAUCGGUUUAUACAGGGUGUGAGAGAACCAUUUGUAACCUUUUUUUAUUAUUGAAAGAUUACUGGUGGCCCGGAGGCCUUUCCAGUUUCACCAGGACAGGUGGGCAAGCAAAGGCUCAGCCAGGAGGGGUGGGAUUUGCUAACAGCUGCCUGAGCGCCUCCAAAAGAGACCUAACAACUCAAGUUUGUAACCUACUAGACUUCACAGUGGAAAGCUAAGUCAUAUUUUUACUAAAGACAUUUUCUUUAUUACCGCCUACUUUUCAAAAUUGCUUCUUCAUUACCCAUUUACGAUAGUAGAAAAUUGUAGUUUUUUUUUUCUUUGAAAUUAGCAUCGGGCUCCGACUAAAAUAUAUUAAAUUUUGAUUGAGAGCAAUCGAUAAAUAAUUUAUCAAAUACUCGAAUAAAUAUUAUAUUAUGUAUAAAUUUAUUGGAAAAAAAAUACGUGUAAGUUUUAACGUAAUGAUAUUUCAGUGAAAUCGUUAAUCUACUCAUUAAUUGUGUUUCAAUGAGUUCAAUAUUAAAUUAUAAAAAGUGUAAUAAUAAUAAUAGUUAUCAUUAUUGUUAAAUAGAUUGCAGAACGGAGAUAGCGUGAUUAUUUUAAUCGCUCUGAGAUUAUUAAUGAGAUUAUUCGCUCGCCUUAAUGUAUUUAUAUAUCUAGAUAUAAUUGCGUUUAGUUUGUGUAGAAUACUUCAAUACUCUACGUUAAAAUUUAAAUCGCCAUAAAAUCAUUCAAGUUCGAUAAGAUUUUUCGGAAUUUUCUUGAUUUCAAUUUUGAUCUUUAUCUUUAAGUUUUUUUUUAUCUUUAAGUGAAUCUUGACUUACUUGUUUAUUUUGAUUAUCGUAUAUUUAAAAUGGACAAUUAAGCGAGUUGAAGAAUAAAUACGAGAUUAUACAUUUAUUUUAAUUAGUCACAUAAAAAUACUACAUUUUAAAUGUCGAAUAAGACAUUUUUUUUCUAGAUAUUUUUUCUAGAUAGAUAUUAGAGAGGCUUAAAUUUUCAUUUCAACAUUUCGGUUUUAAAAUAUUAUUCCUUAUCCUUCAGUUUAUUUUUAUUCCAUAAAUAAAUCGAUCUAGAAAUCGUAUCUUUGGCUUUUAGACUCCAAGACGAUCACCAAAAAGGCUGAAUACGAAUUCGCCUUAAAGCAGUAUUAACAAUAAUACCAGAGCUUAUGGUUCUAAUGUAUUCGAUUACCGGUAAUUAAUUGAUCAAAAUCCGAUAGAAUAUCAGAAACUUUUUUUUUGUCCAAUGACUUAACAUAUUUUUAUCCUUAACGUAAAUAGAACAAUGUAUUGAGCAUAAUUUUAGGCAUGUCAAUCUCUGUCAUGAGAAAAAAAACCUAAAAAAAUAUGUAAUGUCUUUGGUACUUGUCGAUCAAAUUUAUUAUAAUUAAUAUUCCUUCUUAACUUGAUAACUUUUAGUUAGUCAAUACUUUGCAUAAUAAUCUAGUUCAUAUUUUGAAUGCUCAAAUAAACCGAUUCGGUCUAACAAAUUGUAUUCCUUUUAGUCUAAGUGAAUUGUACUUAUAAAAUGUACAUAGAAUGUAUAGAAAAAUAUAUUGUAUCAAUGCGUAUUAAAUGUAAUGUAUGUAGUUUAUGUAACACAUUCAUUCUAGAAGAUUCGGAUCAUUUUGUUUCCAUUAUAAUAUUUAUUUCACUGUCUUAUUUAUAGUUUAAUUGAAUUUAGUAACUGACUUUUAUUUGUAAUUGGGUUAUCGAUGCUUCACAAGCCUUUUAUGGAAAGACUGUCGAGGAAUAUUAUUAUUAGUACGAUCAUUAGUCAUUAUUAUAUCACGCCCCGCUGUCACUAUGAUUGUGUAAAAGCACCGGUGGAAGCUAAGAAGCUACACGUGCGCCAUCUAUCGCAAGUUGAUGGUACUGUGACUAAACUUUCCUGGUUUUCCAAGUUUACGUUUUUAUCCUACCUAAGCUGAUAGCCUUGAGAGGCUAUGUCAGCGUAACCUUAACGUGUAGGUGAGCCUUCGGUGGUCUGCCAACAACAACUGUACUGCGCUUCACCGCGAUCGAAUGAAUUGCUUAGGAAUGCGAAUAGGACCAACAUAUUCAAGGUGGGUGGCGCAUUUAUGUUGUGGAUGUCUAUGGGCUCCAGUAACCACUUAACACCAGGUGGGCUGUGAGCUCGUGCACCUAUCAAAGCAAUAAAAAGAAAUUCAUUUUCACUUAAAACGCAAACAGUUUUUCAUAAUUUAUUAAUGUCGUGCUUAUAAGGAAAUCUUCGAUAACUCAUUACAAAUACUACCAUUGCACGCGGUCUUUAUGGCUUAAAACACAUUUUUGUUGUAAAAAUUUGAAGAAAAUGUGUUCGGGCGUUAUUAAUUUAUUGAUUUCAAAAAAAGAGCCGAUCAAUAUUUUUGAUUAUUUUCUCUUAGCACAUGAUUGGGUCCUAGAACCUGUUGUAAGUUUUUGUAUGUGUGUGUGUGUGUGUGUUUUACAGACUUAGAGGAAUAGUGAACUAUCUGAUUUAGAUUAAGAUUAAACAGUGAAAGAAGUAAAGUGCGCUGCACGAUACUAUUUUUAAUAUAUUUAAGAAAGAUAUUAUGGUACAGGUGAUAAUAAUUUUGUUGAGAUUUCGUCUUUCGUAUUUGUUUAUACUUCAACAUUUUCAUUCCGAAAUUAAAUAUACAUUUAAUAAAGCUAUGUCUACGAUUUAAGCUUGCGUUCAAUACUUGCAAUUUAUUAUUUCCGAUAUUUUGAAUGUUUUACGGUUCUUGUGUCGACAGACUACUGUUAUUAUUAAUUAUACAUUUUCAGUUUACUAAUAAUUAGCUCGGCUUUCUGUUUUAAACGCUAGUUUUAAAUGGAGUAAUAACUCAAAAAUAAAAAAGCCUAUCAACUUCGUAAUCAAAUUAGUACGUAAAAUAGGUACUUACUAAUUUAGUAUUUUUAUUACAGUACUAAAAUAAGUAAUGUACACAUAACAAAAUAAUAAAUGGCAAGUAUAAGUAUUCAGUAAUCUUAAUUUUCUCGUUUUUAUUUUCAGUAGAUAAUUAAUAAAUUAAUUUAUUUUAAUCGAAAAGUCAGAUUUCUUUUUUAUUAUUUGAUACGGUAUAAAAUGUAUGUAAAAAUAUACAUACAUAGUUUUAUUAUUUUUCUAAUAAUUAUAUUAUAAAAUACGAAAUCUUUCAAUGCAACAAAUUGUAUAGGCCGGUAGGUAGCGAAAGCCGCAGUAACAAUAAAAGUAAAUUUAGAUGACGAAAUAAAAACUUUGUAAUUUUGGAAAAAUUAAAAUUAAAAUCUUCCAAGCUGAA